GUUCCGUGAUACCGAAUAGCAUUGUGGGAGAUGUGUCAUGGCGGCGCCCUUACGAUGACAUCUGAAACCGGUGGAUCUAUACCACAUUUACUUUUAUUAACAUUUUCGUCAGCCCACGGAUCUCCGAACAUGGAGUGACACGUUCUUUAAGGUCCAUACAAGUCUGAACACAGUGAUGAAGAGGAUGGUUACUCUGAUGAGGAGGGCGAUCCUGAUACCGCGCCCAGAGGUAGCCCUCUCCCCCUGGCCCCAUCCAGCCUUCUCUCCGAACAGGACCCCCGCACCCCCGUUCACUGGCUAUCAGGCUCGCUAUCUAGCAGCAAAGCAGGGUAAACCACCUCAUGGGAAAGGCAAGAAGUUCCAUCCCAAACCAACUAAAACAGAGAAGCUAGAGAAACAGGAGGUGGAAAUAAAGCAGCACAUGACCGUGUCUGAAUUGGCCCGGGCUAUGAAUAAAGACAUUGAUCAUGUAUACGAGGCCCUCCUGAACACAGAGGUGGACAUAGACGACCUGGAGCCAGACGCGUACCUCGAGGAGAAGUGGAUCAAGGAGGUGGUGAAGCGCUCCGGCAUGAAGUACAAAUACGCCCGACUGGCGGAGGUCAAAGUACGGGAGAACAAAGACGCCCAGAGACAGCCGCCGGGAGACCCUGCCAAGCUGGUGAGUCGCCCCCCAGUGGUCACCAUCAUGGGCCAUGUGGACCACGGCAAGACCACCCUGCUGGACAGCCUGCGCAAGACCCAGGUGGCAGCCAUGGAGGCCGGGGGCAUCACACAGCACAUAGGAGCCUUUCUGGUCCAGCUGCCUUCAGGAGAGAAGAUCACGUUUCUCGACACCCCGGGUCAUGCAGCUUUUUCGGCCAUGAGGGCGAGAGGCGCCCUGGUCACCGACAUUGUCAUCCUGGUGGUUGCUGCGGACGACGGGGUCAUGAACCAAACAAUCGAGUCCAUACAGCAUGCCAAAACAGCCAAAGUGCCAAUCAUCCUGGCGGUGAACAAGUGCGAUAAGCCUCAGGCGGACCCAAAGCGCGUCAAGGAGCAGCUGCUGGCCCAUGACAUUGUCUGCGAGGAGUACGGAGGAGACGUCCAGGCCAUCCACGUCUCAGCUCUCAAGGGUGAUAACCUGAUGGAGCUGGCGGAGGCGACCGUGACCCUGGCAGAGGUGCUGGAGCUGAAGGCAGACCCCUCGUGUCUGGUGGAGGGCACAGUCGUCGAGAGCCGCACCGACAAGGGCAAAGGACCUGUCACUACAGCGGUCAUCCAGCGUGGCACCAUACGACGAGGCGCCACGUUGGUGGCGGGUAAGACCUGGGCCAAGGUGCGCUUCCUCUUCGACCAGAACGACCAGUUGAUGAGUGAGGCGGGGCCCGGCUCGCCGGUGCAGAUCGUGGGCUGGAAGGAGCUGCCCUCGGCCGGGGAGGAGAUCCUGGAGGUGGAGUCAGAGCAACGGGCGCGUGAGGUGGUGGAGUGGCGGGCGUACGCGGAGGAGCAGGACAAGCUGAAGGAGGAGCAGCAGGCCAUCGAGGUGAAGACGCGCGAGCACCAGGAGAGCUACCGGCGUGAGCGCGAGAGCCUGGCGCACCUCAGCUGGAGGCAACGCAAGGCGGCCAUGUACCGCGCCAACAAGCACCGCAUGUCCCAGAGGCCCAGCGAAAAGACUGAGAGCGACCAGCUCACCAUGCCACUCAUCAUUAAAGGUGACGUGGAUGGGUCCGUGGAGGCCAUCUUGAACAUCCUGGAGAGCUACGAUGCCCACCACCAGUGCCAAAUGGACAUUGUUCACUUUGGAGUCGGGGACAUCUCAGAGAAUGACAUCAACAUGGCGGAAACAUUCUCAGGUGUAAUAUACGGCUUUAACGUCGAGGCCAAUAAGCCCAUCCAACAAAUGGCUGCUAAGAAGUCUGUCCCCGUGAAGCUGCAUAAGGUCAUCUACAAGCUCAUUGAUGACCUGAAGGAAGAGCUGAGCAGCAAACUAGCCCCAAUCAUCCAGGAGAAGGUUAUUGGGGAAGCGUCGGUGUUGGCUAUGUUCACCGUGACGGUGGGGAAGAAGAAGGUUCCUGUGGCGGGCUGCAGGGUCCAGAAAGGUCACCUGGACAAAAAGAUGAAGUUCCGGCUCACUCGCGGACGAGAUGUAGUCUGGGAAGGCUCCCUUACUGCUCUGAAGCACCACAAGGAUGACGUCCAGUCUGUGAAGACGGGCAUGGAGUGUGGCCUCUGUCUGGAUGAGGACGUGGAGUUCAAACCCGGAGACGACAUAGUUUGUUAUGAGGACUCAGAAGUUCAGCAGAAAAUAUCCUGGGAUCCAGGAUUCUGAGAGAGACAGUGUUUAGUAUUUCCCUUUUUUUCUUUUCUUUUUUAAAAGAAAAAAGUGAAAACAUAAUUAUUUCACCUCUGAAACCCACAUCAAAGACAACCUUGAACCAGGAAUGGGACUAAGAAAACACUGCUGCAUCAAAUGUAAAAUCUGAAAGCAGAAACACACUCUGCCUCAAUGGAAAUUCACCGACCUGCCCCGCAUACAUAACAGGAAGGCCAACACCAAAUAUCAGUGUGUGGGAACAGCAUCUGUCAUCUAAAUGUCAACACGGAGCUUUAGUGUGUAAAUAAUAUUGCUAAUGUGAAAUCAUUAAAAUACUUUAUGAUAAACAAA